AUGAGCUCUCGGGUUCACAGUAACGACAAGAGUACAGAAACCGCGAUGAGUUUCUCGUUUGGGUUCAGUAGCAAUGACUUCAGCGACGACGAAUUGGCGGAGUCCACCAGUGUUGCUGCUUUGGGCGAUGCUUCUGCGAACGGUGCCGCGAAUGGUCAGUUGGGCAGCGCGCUCGAUGACGUGCAACUCGUAGACGAUAUCAGCAUUGUGCAGCCUGCUCAACACAGUCUUGAGUCCCUGCUGCGGGGACUACAAGGCGUGCGGCUCUCGUUCGAGACGGUCGCAUCCCCGGAGACAGGGACGGUGCUCUACAGGAGGGAACUGUUCGAUAUCAAGCAUCAGCUCAUGAGCAGCGAGGGCGACAAAGAACUUGACAUUAUCGUCAACGAGGACCUCAAGAGGAACGUGUACGAAGGUGGACUCAAAUCUUGGGAGUGCUCGCUCGAUCUCGUUGAUUUGUUGUCCGCACGGCGCACGGACCUCGCUGCGGUCUCAAAGGUCAUUGAGAUCGGAUGUGGCACCGCAUUGCCUACAGAGUAUGUCUUCAGAGAGUACUUGCUCUCCAACAGGAAAAACGGACUCACGUUGGUGCUCACAGACUACAACUUUACUGUGCUGCAACUAGCCAGCUUGCCCAACAUGAUCCUCACAUGGGCAAAGGAGACCCUCGACAGGGAUCAAUGGGCGAUGCUCCAGAGGUCCGAGGACCCCACUGUCCCCGUUAUGGACAACGAGUUGCUACUCACUGCUGACUUACUCCAAAGGUUUCGCGAAUCCCUCGCGGAGAGACAUGUCACUCUUGACUUUGUCUCCGGGUCCUGGGGCCGUAAGUUCACAGACAUCGUGCAUUCUUUAUUACCACAGUGUGAGGGGACGACAGCUGCAUCACUGGUACUCACCUCAGAAACCAUAUACCAGCCGGAGAACCUGCCGCUGAUAACAGAGACUUUGCUUGACCUGAAGGGAUACAUCGGGGGACCCACGACGGUCCUAGUAGCGGCGAAGGACAUCUACUUUGGCGUUGGCGGGAGCGUCCUGGAUUUCGAGAAACGGCUGGAUGGCCUGAACGUGCAGUACAACACCACCAAGAUCCAGUCCGGUUUGAAAAGAUCAAUUGUCACCAUCUGA